UUUCAAAAGUGGCAAAUUGUUGCCUAGUGAACCUUGUGAACCUAGUCGUUCAUUCUUCAAUACACGAACCAAUUUAUGCAUCAAACGAAUAGUCAUAGCAACGAAAGUCUGUUUAGUAAACAACGCUAAUCUAAUGGCUGGUAAGGGAAAGAAAAAGCGUAAUAGCAAGGAUUCCACAGCAAGUAAUGGGAGUGGAGGCGAUAAGAAGAAAGGUGGCGGUAAAUCGAAAAAGAAAACCGGAUCUGGAAAGUCGGGGAAAUUUCAGGGGGACAUUUUCAAUGAAGGUGCAAUGGAGAACGCCUAUUUCGUCUGCCACAACGUACAGGACGUGUUGAAGGUGCGUGGAUUUCCAUGGCCAGAAGCCAAAAAGAAAAAGGGAAAGAAGAAGUAAGGUGGUCAGAUUAACCGGGAAAAAUUCAAAUGAUUUUGGUUCCUCAACCUCUUUGUCAUGCAAAUCAUCCAUUCAGAAUAAAUGUGAAG